AGGCGUGUCAACUCACAACCAAAUUCACCGUUCUCAAACGGUCGCUCCUACUCGCCAUUGGUCAAGUCUUCGCGAACGAUGCUUUCGCGGAUUGCACCGCUCCACCCCAACCGACGGACCCCUCCACCACCAUUACCGAGACCUCCCCCGCCGAAGAAGAGCAAGAAGCAACUAGAGAUGGAGGAGCGUAUCGAGGAGGAGUUGUCGGAGACUGUUGAGGGGUGGUCGUGUAUGACUGACGAGGAGAGGAGGAACUUGCGCAGAGCGCGAAUUGAUGCUGAGUUGGGUUAUGAAUGA